AGGAACUCAACAACCCAUCAAACGACCCACUUCCCCUUUUUCGUUUUUUUCUUGAUCUCGACUACGUGGAAAAAGAAGGCAAAGUAGAUCUGAUGAUGAGAAACAGAAAGGCUUCUGUAUCUUUUUUCUGGCUAUUGAGUCCGUUCGUGAACUGAUCUGGUCAGUUCGUAAACUGAUCUGGCAUGAUGAGUUUCUUCAUCGUGUAAGUAAUAUGAAUCAUGUGAAAGUUCUCAUUUCGAACACUUUUCGUUUUCGACCACACGACCGGCAUUCGAUUGUGAUCCCGCAUUAGGUCGGAUGUUGAUCAAGUCGUGCAUUGAUUGAGUCAAAGCUCCCUUGUCAAUUCAAAUUUUGUUUUUUUGUCGUUGAUUGUUGUGGAAGAAGAUUUGCAAAAAUUUUUCCAAUAGAUCGAAUCAGACUUCGUAUCUGCUGUCUACCGCCGGCUUGUGGAAUUCCCGAAAUAAAUUGUGGAAAUCGGAGGUUCCCCGGCCGUCCAGAAGAGAAAAUGGUUGCCGAGUACUGCUCCGCUGCGUUGUACUAGCACACAGAAAAAAGAAAGAAUCUUAGAGGUCGUCCAUCGCGUUUUUCGGGCUAGGUAGCCCCCUACGAUCAGGAAGCGGGUACUGCAGUACGGCGACGCAACCAUGGAAAGCAGAAGCACCGUCCCCGGUCGCCCGGUGAACAGAAUACGUGCAGCGGGCUCACGACAAAGAAAUUCGGGAUGGCCGUACGACGGCUGGAUGAAGACGGCACGAGGUCGUGUAGUCGCAACUGCCUUGCUUGCGGUGCAACUAGCGACGGCACCCAUUCCCGCGGACGCACAGAUACGGCUCCAUUCGCCGCAAGCUCUGGUAAACGAGGUCUUUAGCCGGCAGUCGAAGCCGGGCUACAUACAGGGAAGCACCGCCACCUUCGGCGCGCCUUACUACGGCAUGAGGCUCAUGGGUACGAUACUUAUUUGUAUUAUACGAUUCGGAUUCUAGUCGCUUUUUGGUCUUGCGAUCAUAUCAGGUCGAUGUGAUACCGUCGUCUUUCCACUGGGUGCUGUAGUCACCUCCAACUUGCGAUGAUUUUUACACGGGUAUCUAUACAGCUACCUGUGUGGAAUAUCAAAAAGAUCACGCUGCCUCCAGGUCGCAUUCUGUAUGCGGAGAGCAAGGGACAAGACUACUGCACCGAAGAGGAUUAUGAGCUGCCGUCAACGCCCGUAUCCCACAAAAAAACUGUUUCACGGUGAUGAUUUUGCAGGAACUGCAUCACAAGCGUCUUACACAUGACACUGAAAAUUUGUCAUGCGCACUUCCCAAGGGAAAACACGCUGGAAAAUCCAAUGCCUUGUAUGUGUAACAAGACAGAUAGUUUUGUGUUCCAUUUUCCGCAUCACAAGUUCACAGUGAAACAGUUUUUUCUUGCGAUAGCCCGCGCCGCCAGAGCAAUCGGAGGAAAACGACCGGCGCCAGAUCAACAUCGUGAUGGUCAAGCGGGGGCUGAGUAGGUGCCGGUUCACUACCAAGGUGCGGAUCGCGGAGAAAUACAAGAACGCCCACGCGGUAAUCAUCGUGGAUCGAGAGGCAAACCAGGCGCGGGACGUCACGAAGUUGAUCAUGUCCGACGAAAACAACUUCGGGAACAGCAUCAAGAUACCCUUAUCAAAUGUAAAAAUGUCUGGGUCUGGAAGACUGCAACUUGUCAUGCUGUUUUUGGACUCCAAAAGGAUUUGUAUUGCAUGACCAGCAAGAGGCGUACAGUUUGUGCUACGCGGGGAGGGCAUUUCUCAUGCGGAAGGUGUAUUAGGAAGCCCUCUAAAAGUCUGUGAUGCUAGGUCAUGCAUUACAGGCAUCAUGGGCCCUGAGAAAUCUGCGUGACAAAUCUUGCAUUCUUCAGACCCAGACACUUUUGCAUUUGAUAACCCUCGAUUCUGAUCAACUGGAAGGACGGACAGAAGCUGAUAGAACAGGCGACAGGAAGUAUAGACCUCUCGUCGUGGCUCUUAGUGCUGUUUCUGCAAUAAUUGAAAUGGUUAGAAAAUCAUGAUGGGCAUUUUCAUCGAUACGGAAACGGACUGAAGUGUUCCGCUGAUAAGUCUGUGUUGGGUCACAUUUGCUGUCGCACAUGCGACGUGCUGUCCCGCACUUCUAGAAAAUUCAACAGGUUCGCCAGUCAUAGUGGAGCUCGUGUGGGAUAUUCCGGUAAAUAACAUCGUCACCAUGGACAUCUGGAUGUCGGCGAACUCAAGAGAAGCAACGGAAUUUUUGAAGGUAAGGCGUCUUCACUGGCAGCCCGCUUGUUUGCGGUGAGACUUGUUCUAUCACUCGCCGAUGGAGGAUAGUGUGCCUGUUGAAGUUGUCUAUGCCUUGAUCCCGACAGCGACUCAACACACUCUAGAAAACUAAGCAAAUUCGAAACUCAAUUGAUUUCACCCAUUAAAUUCCAGGGCUUCAAACCGGCAGGGGAGCAACUCGCGUACAAUCUGAAAGUAGUCCCGCACUACCACAUCUUCGCGCUGCCCUCCGGCCAAGACUUUGAGAAAAUGUGCACGAGUCAGGACGCAAAGUAUCUUAAUGAUAGAAUGUUUGUUUUGGCUUUUGUUGUUCAUUGCAGUAAGUAGAAAGGCAUAAGGAAUAAAGAUCGUCGUGACGGCAUGAUUAACUUUCACGAAGUAUAUCUUCACAAACCAGAUACUGUGCGGAGGACCCCGACGGGGGUGGCUUGGUUACGGGCCGGGACGUUGCACUUGAGUCCGUCCGGCAGCUUUGUAUUUGGGAGGAGACUGCGGUGCGGGACCCGGAGCAUCCGCAGAGUGGGGAGCGCCGAAGAAGUUGGAAGUACUGGGAGUAUGUGACCAGCUACCUCGAUUCCUGCCCGGUUCACACGGACGACCCGGGAAAGCGGUUCGGCACGGAACAGUGCUCCACGGCGUUGAUGCAAGAAAAGGGCAUCGAUCCGGAUAUCCUGAGUAAAAACGUACCCACACCAGAGUCAGGAUGAGGAUUUUGCAACACAAACCUAGGAGCUUUGUGAGCCACGCAUGAAAAGUUGCACUAUGCAGUGUAGUGCAGGUUAGCAAGUGCAGCCGCAUCACAGAUUCAUCUGCCCAUCCUGUUCACAGCAUCACAAAUUCCAAAACACGAUUGAAAAUGGCUCUCAUGGGGAUGCGCAUUACGAGUCUUCCUGUCUUUGCAAAUCUGCAUUACAACUCUGGUGUGGGUACGUUUUUACUCAGGAUACCGGAGGCGGUGAAGCAGUGCAUGAUUGAUAGCAUGGACGACAAACUGCGUUAUCAAAUGCAAAAAUGUCUGGGUCUGGAAACUUGUGAUGCUGGGUGGCGUCUCAUGAUGAGGCCACAAAUGCUGGCUCAGCAUGCCAAGUUUCUGAGCUUCUAGGUAUUGCCUAUUCUGCAUGACAAACUGCGUCUCUGCAUCACAGAAAAAUGGAGCUGUUGGGUAACGUGCAUGACAGAUUUAAGAGUCAUGCCAGACAAGCAUGACAAACGUGCAUUUUUCCAGACCCAGACAUUUUUACAUUUGAUAUGCGUGCGCAGAAAAACAACGUCGCGUGGAGCAAGUACGCGGUGCGCAUCAACGGGUGGCGGUUCGCCGGGGCCAUUGAGCCCGACGGCAUCACCCGGGCCAUAUGUUCCGCUUACGUAACCCCGGUGCCCGAGUGCGACAGCCUGCUCAAACCGCACUCCAAGUUCGACUUGCUUGCAGGCGGCAGGUACUGCACUGGUUUGUUGUACAAAAAUGUUUGUUCUUUCGUGCAGCUUGUGCAGGAACGUGGCUGGUGUCGCGCAUGCCGGAGGUGUGUUUCGAAAGAUGAUAGAUUUUACCGGUAAUUCUUAUCGCUGAGAAGUACCACGUAGUUUUUUAAAACAUUCGUGCGCCAGCUCGAAGCGAAAGCCAAAAAUCACUGCAGUUCUGACGCACGCGGCGUGUCGACGGGCACCAUGGUGCUGUUGCUUUUCCUCGUGGUGCUCACUUUGACGCUGGGGCUCGUCAUAUACAAAAAGUUUUUCUUCGCGACCUACAUCCAGAAAGCGCUUCGCGAGGAGGUCAUGCUGGAAGUGCAGUCGCAGCUUGCAGAUUACGUACAGCUCGAAGAGAACGGACGCGCCGCACCGGGUGGUCCGCUCAUACCCGGGGGGUCGCAGGCAAGGGAAUUCUAGCGUUUGGGGUUUGCUGGCGGCACAGAGAUGGUCGGUGCUGCGGCUCGUUAAAGAGAGAAAGAAGUAAGUACCAAGUAUACGAUUGAAUGCUGCAAGCAGUUUGUAGUGCGUGUGGUGAAAAAGAAAAUCAACCAAAAUAUGUUAUUGCACGGGAUUCUGAUCAUCGUCCAGAGAAUACAGCAUAAAAAGUUGGUGGAAGAUUGAACAACAAUUCGCAAAAAG